CAGAAUCCAGUCCUGCUCUCUCUGUAUGUGCGGUUCUCCAAACCUCCCGGCGGCAGUAAAGGCGAUUUUUGUCUCAAGUAGCAGCAUAAACCUGUGGUAAAAAAAAGAGAAGAAAACGAUAAAAUAUCUUACAGUCUAAAGUUUAUAUUGUUAGAAUUUGUUUACUUUUAUUCACAAUGAACGUGCCGAAAAGCGGUUAUCGUGUCUUCUCUGCUAACUCCACUGCAGCAUGCACCGAGCUUGCUAAGAAGAUUACAGAGCGUCUUGGCGUGGAGUUGGGCAAGUCUGUUGUGUACCAGGAGGCAAAUAGAGAGACUAGAGUUGAUGUAAAAGAGUCUGUUCGAGGCCAAACCAUCUUUAUUAUCCAGACCAUUCCCAGAGAUGUUAACACCGCGAUCAUGGAGCUGCUCAUCAUGGCAUAUGCACUGAAGACCUCCUGCGCCAAAAACAUUAUUGGAGUUAUCCCUUAUUUUCCGUAUAGCAAGCAGUGCAAGAUGAGGAAGAGAGGAUCCAUAGUAUGCAAACUUUUGGCGUCCAUGCUCGCCAAAGCAGGUUUAACACACAUCAUCACUAUGGACCUGCAUCAGAAGGAGAUCCAGGGUUUCUUCACUUUCCCUGUGGAUAACCUGCGUGCUUCUCCGUUCCUAUUACAGUACAUUCAAGAAGAGGUCCCUGAUUACAGAAAUGCCAUUAUUGUUGCAAAGUCUCCAUCUGCUGCAAAAAGGGCUCAAUCAUAUGCGGAGAGGCUGCGUCUGGGCCUGGCUGUAAUUCACGGAGAGCCUCAGUGCUCCGAAUCGGACAUGGCAGACGGACGACACUCUCCUCCUUGUGUGCGCAACACUUCAGGCCACCCAGGCCUUGAGCUGCCAUGCAAGCAACAAGCUCCGUUCCCAGGCAUAGAGCUUCCAAUGAUGAUGGCCAAGGAGAAACCUCCCAUCACAGUGGUGGGUGAUGUUGGAGGACGCAUCGCCAUCAUAAUCGAUGACAUCAUAGAUGAUGUGGAAGACUUUGUGGCAUCGGCUGAGAUCCUGAAGGAGAGAGGAGCCUAUAAGAUUUACAUCAUGGCCACCCAUGGCCUGCUGUCAGCCGAUGCUCCACGCCUCAUCGAGGAGUCUGCCAUAGAUGAGGUGGUGGUGACGAAUACCGUCCCACACGAGGUGCAGAAGCUGCAGUGCCCCAAGAUCAAGACUGUGGAUGUGAGCAUGAUCCUUGCCGAAGCCAUUCGUCGCAUUCACAACGGCGAGUCCAUGGCUUACCUGUUCCGCAACAUCACUGUAGACGAUUAGACUGAGCUGUGACCUCACUGCGGAAGGAACGUCUAUACUUUCUCCUGGAAGUGGCAGGUUUUCUUUAAAAACAAUAAUUUAAUCCAAGAAUAUUAUUUUAUUUAAAUCUAUAUGAAACUAAUCGUUUAAGGCAAGGUUAAAUACAACCAUUAAGUUACGUUCAUUUUAGGAACUGACAGUAACUGUUGCUGUUAUACAUUUGCACUAUUAGAAGUGAUACUACAGCACCUGAUACAUAUGCAUACGAGUUUUAAAGCUUACUGAAGUAGCCUGCCAGCUAAAGGCAUUCAGUCAGAACUGAUUACAGAACUGAUAACAAACAAAUUUUGUUUCAGAAAGUAAAAAAAAAAGAAUGCUUGAGCCAAUAUGACUUAAAAAAUGUAAACCUAAAACUUGCAUGUCUUUGUGUCUAAGCCAUGCGGUUUCCGUCAUGUCAUUGUUGUGUACUGUACCUAUACUUUGCGACUUGUGCACAUUUUUCAUUUGACUGAUUACAGAGUUGCUACGGUUCAUUUCUCUACCGUUCAGCUCUUUCCACGCAUUUACUUUUCACAGUGUUCUUUGCAACAUCUCCCCAUCACUUCCACUUCCUGUUCGUAGCUUAUUCCUGUUGUGUGGCAUUCAGACAGGUGGUGAGUGAGUGUGACUCUGUGAGAGCGACAGCAGUUGCUUUGGCAACCAUAUUCAAAGUUAUUUCCUUGUUAUUCUUUUGUAUCUGCUGGCUUUCAGCUCAUCUGGGCUGCAGUCCAACUAUUCAAAAUGGAUUUCUUUUUUCCUUUUUCUUUUUGUGAAAUUAUUUCACUGAAGUUGAUUUAUUACCAUAUUUUUGUAAAUAAAGAAAAGGGUUGAAUUUU